AUGACGUCCUCCACCAAGGUGUUCUACAGCCAGACCACGCAGACCGAGAGCCGGCCGCUCAUGGGGCCGGGGCUGCGCCGGCGCCGCGUCAUGACCAAGGACGGCCGCAGCAAUGUGCGCAUGGAGCACAUCGCCGACAAGCGCUUCCUGUACCUCAAGGACCUGUGGACAACCUUCAUCGACAUGCAAUGGCGCUACAAGCUCGUCCUCUUCUCCGCCACCUUCGCCGGUACCUGGUUCGCCUUCGGCGUCGUGUGGUACCUGGUGGCUGUGGCGCACGGGGACCUGCUGGAGUUCGAGCCGCCGGCCAACCACACACCGUGUGUGAUGCAGGUGCACACCCUCACCGGCGCCUUCCUCUUCUCCCUCGAGUCCCAGACCACCAUCGGCUACGGGUUCCGGUACAUCAGCGAGGAGUGCCCGUUGGCCAUCGUGCUGCUCAUCACCCAGCUGGUGCUCACCACCAUCAUGGAGAUCUUCAUCACCGGCACCUUCCUGGCCAAGAUCGCGCGGCCCAAGAAGCGCGCCGAGACCAUCCGCUUCAGCCAGCACGCGGUGGUGGCGCAGCACGCCGGCAAGACCUGCCUCAUGAUCCGCGUGGCCAACAUGCGCAAGAGCCUCCUCAUCGGCUGCCAAGUGACCGGCAAGCUCCUGCAGACUCACCUCACCAAGGAGGGCGAGAGCAUCCACCUCAACCAGCUCAACGUGGACUUCCAGGUGGACACGUCCUCGGACAGCCCCUUCCUCAUCCUGCCCCUCACCUUCUACCACGUGCUGGACGAGGGCAGCCCCUUGCGGGACGUGGCGCUGCGCCGCGGCCAAGGCGACUUCGAGCUGGUGGUGAUCCUCAGCGGCACCGUGGAGUCCACCAGCGCCACGUGCCAGGUGCGCACGUCCUACCUGCCCGAGGAGAUCCUGUGGGGCUACGAGUUCACUCCGGCCAUCUCCCUCUCGGCCAGCGGCAAGUACGUGGCCGACUUCAGCCUGUUCGACCGCGUGGUGGAGGCGCCGGCGCCGCGCGGCACUCACCGCGGUGGGGACCCCGACAAGGUGAAGCUGGAGGAGUCCCUGCGGGAAGCGGCCGAGCGGGAGCGGGAGGGGGCAGCGCUCAGCGUGCGCAUCAGCAAUGUCUGA